AAAACAAAAACAGAAACAAUAAAAAACAUGAACCUGUUAUGGGGUGGUAUAUAAUAAUUGCUUAAAUUUUUAAGGAAAACAACCACAAGAUUUUAAAGGCAUUUCAGACUCCUGCCUUGACUUACCCUCUACAGUUCUCUUUUUACCCUACCAUCACUGGUGUAAUUCUGUUGAUGGAGUUUUGCCUCUCAAAACUUUCUCCUCUACUACCAGUUAGGGGUACUUUGGUAGAAAAUGUUUUUUUAAAAAAACUGUUCCAAACCUACCUAAAAUAUCAGCUAUCUGGCUCAUGAUAUGAUCUGACAUAGAACAGACAGAAAGACUGUCCUGUCAGACCAUAUCAUGAGCCAGAACAUAUAAGAACAUAUAACAGUCUUUCUGUCUUUCUGGGGCUAGAACGAUCACUCAUGAAAGAUUACUAAGAGGUGAUAUUUUGUAGACAUUAUUCAAGGUUGACAAAAUCCAAAUUCUUGCUUUUUGGGUCUCUGAGCAGCACCAUGGUGGUUGGCAAGAAUAAAUGUCUUAUGAAAGGCAGCAAAAAAGAAGCCAAGAAGAAAGGGGUUGAUCCAUUUUCUAAGAAAGAUUGUUAUUAUGUGAAAGCACUUACUAUGUUCAACAUAAGGAAUAUUGGAAAGACACUAGUUACCAGGAUUCAAGGAACAAGAAUUACCCCUGAUGACCUUAAGGGUCAUGUGUUUGAAGUGGGACUUGCUGAUCUGCAGAAUAAUGAAGUUGCAUUUAGAAUAAACAAGCCGAUUACUGAAGAUGUUCAGGGCAAAAACUGCCUGACUGACUUCCAUGGCAUGGAUCUUACCCAUGACAAAAUAUGUUCCAUGGUCAAAAAACGGUAGACCAUGACUGAAGCUCAUGUCAGUGUCAAGACUACCAAUGGUCAUUUGCUUGGUUAGUUCUGUAUUGUUUUUAUAUAAAAUGCAACAGUUAGAUACAGAAGACCUCUUAUGCUCAGCACCACCAGGUAUGUCAAAUUCAGAAGGAGACAACGGAAAUCAUAAACAAAGAAGUAGAGACAAAUGACUUCAAAGAAGUGGUCAAUAAAUUGAUUCCAGACAACGUUGGAAAAGACAUAGAAAAUGCUUGCCAAUCUAUUUAUCCUCUUCAUGAUGUAUUCAUUAGAAAAGUAAAAAGCUGAAGAAACCCGAGUUUGAAUUGGGAAAACUAAUAGAGUUUCAUGGUGAAGUUAGUUGUUCUGGAAAAGCUACCGGGGACAAGACAGGUGCUAACGUUGAAUGAGCUGAUGGAUAUGAGCCACAAGUCCAAGAAUCUGUUUAAAGUUUGAUUUUAAUAGUGGCAAAUAAAAAAGCCUAUUUGUCUGCAGCUAGUUAAGUUGAUCGAGCUCUUUUCCUCAUGGAGGCUUGGUGUGCAAUGACUGCAAACAGCAGGUUCCUUGGUAGUGUACGCAGCCUGUUUCUUGUAUGGGUUGCCUCUAAGGGUCCUUGGAAAUAGCCCUUUCCAAGGUAUGCUCAUGUCUCUGACCUUAUGCUGUCCCUGUGUAGGCUGUAGACAGGUAUGCAAGGUGCCAUUGGAAAGCUUCAGAGCAUCAUAGCCUGGGUUCAUAUUGGCCAAGUCAUCAGGUCCAUCUGCACCAAGCAGAACAAGGAGCAUGUGAUUGAGGCCCUACACAGUGCCAAGUUCAAGUUCCUGGCUGCCAGAAGAUCCACAUCUCAAAGAAGUGGUACUUUAUCAAGUUCAAUUUGAAUGAAGUUGGAGACAUGGUGGCUGAGAAGUAGUUCAUUCCAGAUGAUUAUGGAGUCAAAUACAUGCCCAAUUAUGGCCCUCUGGACAAAUGACAAGCUCUCUACUCAUGAAGGUUUCCACUGUGUGGCCAUCUCCUAAUGCCAAACAAUAAAUCCUACUUCCUAUCAAAAAAAAAAAAAAAAAAAAAAGUGUUCCGUUUGUGGGGGAAAAAAAAUCCAAAUUCUUUAAUAAGGUUUCUAAGUUCACAGAUUCCUGGAUCAAUGAAUUUGACACCAAGAUCCUUAGGCAAUAAGAACGCAAUGUUUUCCUUGGUCACUCCUCUCCUACUUUUCUCUAGACACCCAAACCCCUAAGGUAACCAUGAGCUUUUCAUGGUGGCAUCAUUCCUUGGAAUUCUCAGUUCUCUAAUCUAGUGCCUGACAGGAAAUGAGUACUCGAUAUUUGUUGGCAUUGAAUUCUGGGACACACUCCCCAGAUUCUCCAUGUUCUAAAAUGACCUCUCACUUUUUUAUUGUUAUUUCUCUGUUUUCUGCCCUGCAACCUCACCAUGAACAAUAAAACUGAGCUCUCGCUAACUCCCAUAACAGAGAACCAAGAAAAUUGAUUAUUCAUCUAAAGUAAUUCUUACUAAAAUAU